AAAUGAGCAUCGAAUCACCCACUCGCGGCAGCCUGGGCUUUACUAAUAUGUGAUUAUGUGCUCUCGAAUUCUCCCGCUUUAAAGCUUGGAAAUGCAUUUAUUAAUCCUAUGCCUAAAGAAACCGCCCCUGGAACACCCAAAGAACCUAUUGGUCAAGUCUUCACUGCUCUAAAUACAAAGAUAUUCGCUUUCAAUGUAAACCUCGCAGGAUUGGAUCCUCGACAGAAUGUGAAUCGACUUGUAGUUUGAUCAAGAAUCAACAGGAAAUGGAGUCCGGGCAGGAAGGAAACGCAGCAAGAAGGAUUAAUGCAUUUGACAUUGCAGCACUGCUGCAGAUGAAAUCAGUUUUCCUGUCAGGAGGAAAAGACAAAAGCGGAUGUCUUAUUCUAACCAUUCCGCCAGGACCAGCCAGUCUGACCCAGCUAUCUGAUCAGGAUACAGAAGACCUCUUCAGAUAUUUGAUUAGCUUGCCAAGAUCUGAAGAGAAGACAGAUGGAUUUACCUUUAUAAUUGACAAGCGCAAGAGUAAAUGGUCAUCUCUCAACAACACACUCUCCAAGCUACAGAAAACCUUUCCAGAUCGGGUAAACUGUGUCUAUGUGCUGAAGCCACAAGGUUUCAUGCAGAGGUUUAUUGGUGGAAGUCUGUCAAGUGAAGAUGCUCAGGCUGCAUUUAGAAUAGUGGUACUUGGCACUGUAUCAGAUCUCUUAAAGUAUGUUACAAGGGACCAGCUCACCACAGAUCUUGAUGGAGAGUUUGAUUACAAACAUGAUGAAUGGGUGCAACAUCGCACGGCAAUAGAGAGGCUGGAAAAGACAAUCUACCAGCUUCAGUGCCGUAUGGAUAGCCAUCGCCAGCAGCUAUCAAAGACUGAAAUACUAUCAAGUAUUCAGGACAUGGAACACACUCUGGAUACACAGCAGGAGAUCUGGAAAGACAUCAAAGAGGACAUCGCAAGUGCACAUCUUACGGGAACAACCCUGCUCAGGUGCAUUAGCCCCGACAAGAAUGAUGAGAACAGUAACAUGACUCCUGAUGUCAAAGCUAACACAACCGAGCUUGAGGGGUUGCUUCAGAGACUAUACCAGUCUGAGGAGGAUUUUGGCAAGUUUUGGGUUGACCAUGAGAAGCGCAUCAGGCAAGGAUUGGAGCUCUCUUUCUUUGAGCAGGAAAUCGGCCAGGUUACUGGCCUCAUUCUUACUGCUACUGGUCACGUGACUGCAAUGAAUGACGUCGGUGAUAGCCGAGCUGCGGCAGAAGUUUUGUUGGAUGACGCCAGAAAAUUUGCAGAGAAGUCACAGGACCAUAUCGAACGCGCGUUUGGCCUCGCCGCGCGCGGAAUAGACAUGGCGGAGAAUGGGCACUAUUCACGUGACACGAUUCGUCUGCGAUCUGAGGAACUAAGGCAGCUGUGUUCGGAUUUUACUGAGCAUGCGCGCAAGCGUGAACAUCAUCUUAAGGUUGCCAUGGAUAUCCACGAGAUUCUUGAACAGGUCAGCAAAUGGUGUACUAGAGGUGUCGACCUCUUGGCCUCGCAACCUGUCGAGAAGUUCCAAUCUAGUGACGGUGCUCAAAACUCGCUAAAAGAGAUCGAAAACUUCCUGAAGGAUCGCCAGGGAAUAAGCCUAAAGAAGCUUAACAAGCUGGAACAGAUGGGGAAAGAGCUCGGGAAUAAGCACCUUAGCUGUAAGGUGAAGGACUGCUUGAAGCGCAUCGGAGAGGUGAAUCAAAUGAUGACGAAGCGGGAAAACAGCCUGAAACGAUUGGUAGUGAAACGCCCUGUACAGCCGGUAAAGGCACUGCCUGCCAACUCCAACAAAGAAGACGAAAAGAAUAAGAUCAAUUCAUCAAUCCAAGAUGAGAAAAAAUCAAAAAGUCCCAAGCCUCGACGGCCUGUCUCGAUCGUUGUGAAUCGGGACGAGACCCCUUCACCGCAAUUCACCAGAAACCAGCACCCUCUGAAGUCAAUAUCAGUCCCUGAUCUGCUGGACGUGACGGAUGGCGUCGACACCCCAGAGGUCAUCAAGAAGCGCUCACAAAUCAUGGCAGAGCUGGUCACCACCGAGAAGGACUACGUACGAGAUCUGGAUCACAUCGUGCGAGGUUACCUACACGAGUUCGAAAGGGCCGCCGGGAAAAUUCCCAUCGAGCUAUUUGAUCAGCGCGAAACCAUUUUCGGAAACAUCGAAGAGAUCUUGGAAUUCCACAGAUGUGAUUUCUUGGAAGAACUCAAUAAGUGCUCGGAAACGCCGAAGUCUGUCGGAAAGGUGUUCACCGAGCGUAGAGGGGAAUUUGAGAAGUAUGCGCUGUACUGUAAAAACAAGCCAGCAUCGGAGGCUUUACAGCAACAACUCAUCAACGUGCCGUACAUUAGGGAAUGCCAAGCAAAGUUGGGCCACAAGCUCCCACUUACCGCCUACUUACUGAAGCCUGUGCAGAGAAUCACCAAGUACCAGCUGUUGCUAAGGGAGAUGAUGAAGAACACGAAAAACGACCGAAUCGCUUACAUGAAUCUUAUGGAGGCUUUCCAUGCAAUGCAGAACGUCCUACGUCAUCUAAAUGACGUCAUGCAUUCCAGCGGUCUCAAGGGUUACCAUGGUAACUUGGGAGACCUCGGAAAGCUUCUGCUCCAGGAUCCCUUCUUGGUUUGGUACACGGGCGCAAGGCGUAAAUUGCCUCCUCUGAAGGGGAGUCAGCGACAGGUCUUUCUCUAUGAGAAAAUGGUGAUCUUCAGCAAACGAGAGGAAGACUCGACCACCAAGGACGCUGUUACUUAUCACUUCAAGAACAGCAUCAAGACAUCCGAUGUUGGUAUCACGGAGACCAUCAAUGGCGCUCCGUUGAAAUUUGAGCUUUGGUUACCUGGGAGAACCGAGGUGUUUCUCCUACAGGCGAACAACUCCGAGAUUAAAGAGCGAUGGAUUUCGGAAAUACGAUCAGUUCUCCUGCAUCAGUUCGACCAAGUUAAAGACUCUGCCAAGUGGAAGUCCACCCCUGCAUUGAACGACGAUAAAGCUCUUGGGAUAUCUCGUCCCCGAGCCAAGAGCCAGUCAAACCUUGAGGGGCUGAGCCCAGCAGGACUGGGCACCAGAUACGCGGAUAUCGCCGAGCCUGGCGAGGAGUACUAUGAUGACGGUGAUGACUUUGACACGGAUGAGUGGUCGGAUGAUAGCGAUGCAGAGGGCAGUGCUGCUGGUCAGGACUCAUCCAAGAAGGCAUUGUACAAGGCACUGGCCGAGUACAACCCUGUGGAAGCUGGAGAGAUAGCUUUGGUUGAAGGGGACACGGUCAGCUUCGUGAGGGAAGGCAAUGCUGGUUGGUGGUUGGUAGAACAACUCUCUACACGCCAGCAAGGCUGGGUGCCCGCAAGCUACCUGGAAACGGUCCAAUAGACCAGCAAAUACCGGGUAGAAUUUAGAUAUAUCUGCGUGAAGGUUCAUAGUGCAUGUCAUUGUACACCAGAAAGGCUCUGGGUACCCGCAAGCUACCUGGAAAUGCUUCAGUAGACCAGCAAAUACCGGGUAGAAUUUAGAUAUAUAUGCGUGAAGGUUGAUUGUACAUCUCAGUGCACACUUGAAAGGCUCUGGUUGCCCGCUAUCUACAGUUGAUGCUAUUAACGUUGUGCAAGCGUUAUCAAGAUACCCUCUAUCACCUUUAUGUAAAUAGUACCGGGCUUUCUGUAUUAACAUUUGUUAGAUCCUUAGCUUCCUAAAUGAUAGAAUAGUUCCUCAGCUUCCUAAAUGAUAAAAAAAUGAUAGACGUGUCUUCGAAUCGCUACCACAAUAGACCUGUCAAUCACCAGGAAUCUUAACGCUGAAAAGAAGUUAGCUCAGCGCCUAACCAUUCAACAGAAAUAUAACGGAUAACCACGUCAGCCCCUUAUGUUCAAUUGUUUACUGGAAACGAAGACCAUUUGAGAGAUUUUUGCGUAAACCUACUAACUUUUACGCCUUCAUUUUCCGCAUUCCCAUUUAUUUUACUCUAUACCGGAAUUGAUACCUGGUGUCAUAAACGUAAGGUACGAACCAUUAGAAGUUUGAUGACGCGGAGGGGGUUCUGAUGGUGUCGAAAUUUUUUUUCAUGGGCGAGUUUGUGCAGGAAGAUUUCUUCCGUGAGUGUGCAUGCGUUUUUCUUCUUCUUUUCUACCCAUCAUGCACGAUUUAAUUAUAUUGCUACCCCUCCCCAAACCCCUCACCCCCCAUCAGAUUUCAAAUGGCCCUUCCCUAAACCACGACAAGGUGGUAGCUUUGUCUGCUUUUUGUACACAAACAGUGGGGCAGUUAUUGUUUAGCGCUAAAACAACGAUCUAGCAAGUCUGUUCAUAGAUAUGUCGUCACAAAAUAGUCUAAACACAAAAAUUAAUUUUGUAUUUAAGUCAUGUACAGUCAAGUACAAGGGAAACAUAAUAUUGUUUGUAUAAUAUAAUUGAACAAUUGACAUUAACAAAUCAAAAUAAAAGUCUCAGUUUAA